UACCAAAUCCCACGAACCUUAAAACGGCCGUGUGUAGAAUCGCCGGUGGCAUCUCUGGGAGGCUCCACUCGAGCCUGUCGUUUGUCAACUUAAUUUCUUAAUUCUUAUAUUAGCUUCCAAAGGCUGAAAUCCCAAGAAAAUAUUCAAAAAGGAAAACAAAAAAGAGAGAGAAACCUCUCUUCCAUGUAGUAAACGUAUACGCAUACAGAGACACGAAAUUUAGAUAGAGAUGGCGAUCGUGUACGCGGUGGUGGCGCGGGGCACGGUGGUGCUGGCGGAGUUCAGCGCGGUGACGGGGAACACAGGGUCGGUGGCUAGGCGGAUCCUCGAGAAACUUCCAUCUGAGGCUGAUUCUAGGCUGUGCUUUUCGCAAGAUCGCUAUAUAUUUCACAUUCUCAGAUCGGAUGGCCUCACUUUUCUCUGCAUGGCUAACGACACCUUUGGCCGGAGAAUUCCAUUUUCAUACUUGGAGGACAUUCAUAUGAGGUUCAUGAAAAACUAUGGUAGAGUGGCCCACUAUGCACCUGCUUAUGCAAUGAAUGAUGAGUUUUCGAGGGUCUUGCAUCAGCAAAUGGAAUUUUUCUCUAGUAACCCAAGUGUUGAUACUCUCAAUCGUGUAAGGGGUGAAGUUGGCGAGAUUCGCACAAUCAUGGUAGAAAACAUUGAAAAGAUACUAGAGAGAGGUGACCGGAUUGAGCUUCUUGUUGACAAAACUGCAACAAUGCAAGACAGUGCAUUUCACUUCAGGAAGCAAUCUAAGCGUCUCCGAAGAGCACUUUGGAUGAAAAAUGCCAAGCUCUUGGCCCUGUUGACGUGCGUGAUUGUUCUAUUGCUGUACAUAAUAAUUGCUGCUGCUUGUGGAGGCAUCACUCUACCUUCAUGCAGGUCUUGAUUGGCUGUUUUACCGGCAUUGAAUAUGCUGAGGUAUGGUAAUGAAUUGUGAAAUUCUGCAGUGAGCUGUGAAAUUUUGAGUCUUUACGAGGAAUCUAUACCUCUACAAGGUGCCAGAAAUAAUACUGUAGUUUGUCAUGCUGUUGUUGCAUAUGGCACAAAUGAUAUAUGCUUUGAGAAGCCCUGUAUGCCUCACUUUUAUUGUCAUGAAUCAUCUGUGUAUACUGUAAUUUAAUGUUAGUUUUGGAAUAGAUAUUUUUUUCUAAUAGAAAAAUAUUGGAGUCCUUAAAUAUCAAACGAGAAACAUGAAAUUCUUGUUUAGAAAUUGCAUUUUACCUUCAUUUA